CCUGGAUCCCCAAACACUUCUCACACCCAGGCUUCAGUUGGCUGAGCUCUCCUGCUGCCUGUCACUUUGCUGCCUCUACCCCCAGAGCUCAGGGCAGGUCAGCAAUGGCAACGAUCAGCGCCGCCGUUGGCUUCGCCACCGCCAGGCCAUCGCAGGCUUCAGGGCUGCCGCAGCUGAGAGUGGUCAGGGCCGAGAGACUGAAGUGCGGCUACUCCAAGGAUGGUAAGUCUACGGCCGCUGUGGCGGUCGUCAAGGGAGCGGCGCCGCUGGUGGCAGCCGUGACGGCAGCUGGCCCGGCGCUGGCGCUGGUGGACGAGCGGAUGUCGACGGAGGGCACGGGGCUGAGCCUGGGGCUGAGCAACAACCUGCUGGGGUGGAUCCUGCUGGGCGUCUUCGGCCUCAUCUGGUCCCUCUACACCGUCUACUCCUCCACCCUCGACGACGACGACGAGUCCGGCGGCCUCUCGCUCUGAACUGAACGCCGUCACCAUUCACCACCAAUCAUCUUGUUCUGCAUAUCUGCCCGACUGAUCCAUGAAAUCUUUGCCUACGGGUGCGUGCUAAUUAAAUUUGCUGCGGAUGUUUGUGGCAUUUUGUUAUUGUUAAUCCCGUUUGCGAGUAUGACACCAAGUUCAGCCGUGUUAAUAUAUUGAUCUCUCGCCCAGCUAGCUGUUUUUUA